AUGUCCACCGCGACCACAGUCGGUGCAUAUCCUAUUGGUUUCUUACUCUUCGUGCCUUGUUCUAAUUCAGCUGAAUUGAUCCCAUCACCCCUGCAAGCACGUGUCACAAUCCCACACCAGGCGCGCUCUGCAUUCAGCAGUGCAAAGGCCGCUGCAGUCAAGAGAUGCACACAUGCAGUUCGCCCAAUUUGGACGUUAUUUAUGCUUUGGGUGUCGUUUGUUUUCAUUCUUGCUGCCGCAGGUUUUCCUUCGGAAGCCAGUGCAAUAGUGUGGUACUUGCGGCAGACAGUGCUGACCUCUCAGGUCUUUGUUUUGGUGAGGGUAGUUUUCGUUCUCGCGUCUUCAGUGGAAGCAUCUCCCCAAGAUAUUUUUGACCUCCAAGGGCGAACCUCGGCGUACUCCGACGCCUGGAUUUGUCUAACUUUCAUGUUGACGCUGCAAGAGGCAACAAAUCUCUCUGGCGUGGGGGCAGAAGUCUUGGUUUGGGAAGCCAUCAACGUCAUCUUGAUUGUUGCCUUGCUGCAAUGGGCCAAAUACUACAAAGUGAGGGGCAUAUUGAGACCCCUCAGAGAGUCGUACAGGAGGAAAGCAAGCUGCAUGAUUAGAAAUUGCACCAAUGUGACCGAUUGCGCAAUCGACGGAAUUAUGACAAGAUAUGAAAAGCAAAUGGUUCCGUGCAUCAGGAGACUGGGGCAUGAGCUUUGUGUCAGCAAUUUCCCUGAAUUGACAAAGUCAGAAUUCUAUCUGACCUACAUUUCGGGGCUUGUGUCUCAUUUGGAGCUCAAUUUGGGCGAGGGCGCGAUCGACAUGAUGGCGGCAUGGGUGAAGGAGCAAGUGGUCACGGGAGCGGCAACACUCAGAACGAACGGCACGGCAACUCGCCAGUUUUGCUGUCGCAGCUUCGCUGACAGCGUGUGGAAGCGGUCGCAUUUCAUCGUCAUGAGCUAUUUGUUGUCUCCUGAAGGAGCUGGAGAAAAGAAACUAUAUCAUGGGGUCCCUCAGGUAUUUGCUAGGGCCACCAUGGCGGGGUUCCACACAUGCCAAGGGGGUGCUACGUGGGUGAGAAGGACCGGAAUAAAAGUGGAGAUAAGAGCUGAACCAGGCACAGAGGACAGCAUCGUGCGCAGCAUUGCACCGUUCAUCUGUCGGAUCCUGCUGGAGCCCUGGAUCCAGUUCGGCGCGAUAGCGAAUCAAGGAGAGAUGGGGUUGGUUGCCCAAGAUGGAAAGAUUGCCAUUGAUCCAGAGUUCUGCAACAACGAGUGCCAGGGAAUAAUGUCACCCUUCAGGCACAUAACAUCGUUUGACUGGGUGGAUGCAUGGCCUGCAUUCGGUGUUGAAAGCACCACAACUGAGGGGAGCCAAUUCCACACUCUCACACAGGCUUCCAGGGUCAGCAUGACUGCAACUAUGACGUUUGCAGAUGAUGUCUCAGGGUCAGAUCAGCUGCAGAUACAGACGUUCGCAAAAACUGAGGACGUUUGGGAGAGCAUCGUGGGCAAAGACUGGAUUGAGCCAAGCAACUUCCUCCCUUCAAUUGCGUUGUAUAUUGGUUUGAUGAAGUUUCGGUCGAUGUUGCUGGAGUGUUUGUUCGGCAGGGUGCUGCUGGCUACCAGGCUAGUGGAUCAUCCAGGCUUCGGUUCGGACUGA